AACUGGAUCGAUCCUCCGCUGACAGCUGCACGGCAGCUCUUCAUCAGGAGGAAGAGGAGUGUUCGGGACCGCGGCCCGGUUCUGAGCGGCAGGCUGUUCCUCCGGUGGUUUCUGGAGUCAUUCAGCAGAGUUUCUGCAGCUGGACCAGCAGGACGGAGGGGGAGCGGCGCAGGAAGGAAGGAAGAGGGUGGGCUGCAGGAGGUUCGGACUUCUGGCCCGGUUCGAGGAGGAUCCGAGGAGAAGGGAAGCAGCAGAAGUGUGGGAAAGUGUCUGCAGGCUCAGGAGGAGAGAAAUCAGUUUCUACCGGGAAAGAAUCCGAGGAGCAGAAUGUUGCCGGUGAUCCUGACAGUCUACCUGAACGACGCCCAGCAGAUGCUCACUGAGGUCCCAGUGACCCCAGAAACCCGAGUGACUGACGUGGUCGAGUUCUGCAAGGAGGCGGGCGAGGCCGAGUGUCACCUGGCCGAAGUCUGGGACGGGCGUGAGCGAGCUCUCCCUCAGGACCUGCUGUUGCUGGAUCUCCUUCAGCAGUGGGGGGCCAGGAGGCCAGAGGUCCGCUUCUUCCUCAGACACUGCCCCCCGUGGCCACAAGGACGUCAGCAGAGCUGGACCCCAGAGGCAGCAGACAAUCCAAGUGAGAAGGUGUGUGUGCAGGUCCCCCAUGUGGAGCUGACCCUCUCAGAGCUCCAGGAAAUGGCUACGAGACAACAGCAGCAGAUCGAGGCUCAGCAGCAGAUGCUGAUGGCGAAGGAGCAGAGGCUCAGGUAUCUUCAGCAGGGAGGCAGAUCCAACCCAGGACAGACCCAGACCGAAGCUGAGAAGCUGCAGCGGCUGAAGGAGCGAGUGGAGACGCAGGAAGCCAAGCUGAAGAAGAUCCGAGCCAUGAGAGGCCAGGUGGACUACAGCAAGCUGAUCAACGGGAACCUGUCUGCAGAGAUCGACCAUGUGAGCAGCUUGUUUCAGGAGAAGCAGGCCGAGCUGCAGUCCGCCGUGACCAGAGUGGACCAGUUAACGCAGCAGCUGGAGGACCUGAGGAGAGGACGCCUGCAGCUGCAGACCGACGCACCCAGACAGGCGACCCCCACGGGGUCCCCGGGAGCCACCGCCGGCCCUAAAGGCUCCUCUUUGUCGGGGCCUGCGGCCGUGGAGCUGAGGAAGCUGUACCAGGAGCUGCAGGCUCGUAACCGGCAUAACGUGGAGCAGAGCAGCAAACUGAGCCAGAACAAGGAGCUGCUGAACAAGAGGAACGCCCAGGUGACGGUGAUGGACCAGCGCAUCGGAGAUCUGAGGGAACGGCUGCAGAAGAAGAGAGCAGAGCUGAGCUGCAUCAACGGAGGAGCCCCGCCCUCCCCUCAGGCCUCCCCCCAUCCUAGAGGAGGAGGAGUCUCAGGCCGGGUGGCGGCCGUCUGUCCUUACAUCCAGACCCCCGCCGACGGGAGGCAGGACCCUGGACACGCCGACCCCCCUCCCAAACCAACGGCCCUCAACCACGUCCGCUCCCUCUCAGCCAACGAAGCGCUGUGGCCCAACAUCAGUCAGAGCGGACCGGACCGGAGGACCUGCAGUCCAGAACUGCCUCCCUCUGGCUACGGUACCUACCCCAGCGCCGCUCACCAGGCGGCCGGCCAUCACUGCGCCACCAGCUCGCUGCCCCGCUCCGCCCCCGGUACCCUGGGCUGGCCUCGGUCCGGUGCUGCCAGCGCCGCCUCCUCCUCCUCCUCAUCUUCAUCGCAGCAGCAGAUCCAGCAGCGUAUCGCCGUCCCGCCCGGCGCCGCCCAGGGUUCCGCCUCCUCCGCCCAGCCGUCUCCGCUCUCCCUUCAGACGGAGCGUACAGAACCGCCUCCGGCGGCGGCGGUCCGUCCCUACGUACCGGACCACCCGUCCAGGCCGCAGUCCCCCAGGAAGGGCCCCCCCACCAUGAACAGCAGCUCCAUCUACAGCGUGUACCUCCAGCAGCCUCAGGCCAAGACCUACGGCUCCCUGAGCAACCGGGCCGCCGUCAGAGCAGUGUACGGGAAGCCCAUCGCCGCCUGCAGCUCCUCGUCUCCGUCCCCCGUCCCCUUCCCUCAGGGCGGAGGACCGAAGGCAGCAGGAGACGAGCUCAGAGACGGAGGAGGAGGAGGAGACGCCCAGAACCUUCCUCCACCCAGCGUGGACAACAUCCCCCGCCCCCUCAGCCCCACCAAGCUCACGCCAGUGGCCCACUCACAGCUACGGUACCAGAACGACGCUGACCUGGAGGUUCUGCGGCGCCGUCUCAGCAAUGCUCCGCGGCCCUUGAAGAAACGGAGCUCCAUCACGGAGCCUGAGGGCCCCCAGGGGCCAAACAUCCAGAAGCUGCUGUACCAGCGGUUCAACACGCUGGCAGGAGGCAUGGAGGGCGGCUCAGGUAACCCUUUCUACCAGCCCGACUGCCUCCUGGGGGACAUGGACGCCGUCCAUUCAGCCGCCGGGAACGUCGAGCUCGGAGACAAGAGUGUCAGCGAAGCCGGCGUGGAGGACAAAGGUCAGAACCUGAGCUCGGACCGGCGCCGCUCCUCUCCUCCUCUCGCUCCUCGCUCCUCUCCUCCAUCGGCGGCUGCAGAGACCCCCAGAGAGACGGAGAGCGGGACCACGUGUCCCUCGGCCCAGCCCAGCCGCUGUCCUCCACCGGAGAGGCUCCAGGACAAGAGAGGCGCUGGCUCCGCCCACAGCAGCGUAGGCCACGCCCCCUCCUCACCCGCCGCCCCGCCGGCAGCGCCAAAGGUCCACAUGUUGGAAGCACGCCGCUGUGGGGGGGGCGGACUCCCCUCUGACGGUGAAGGUGUGUGUGUGCAGGCCAAGCGGACCAACCUGAAGAAGCCGACGUCAGAGAGGACCGGACACGGUCUGAGGGUCCGCUUCAACCCGCUGGCGCUGCUGCUGGACGCCUCGCUGGAGGGAGAGUUCGAUCUGGUGCAGAGGAUCAUUUACGAGGUGGAGAACCCCAGCAUGCCCAACGAUGAAGGCAUAACUCCUCUUCACAACGCGGUGUGUGCGGGUCAUCACCACAUCGUGAAGUUCCUGCUGGACUUUGGGGUGAACGUGAACGCCGCCGACAGCGACGGAUGGACCCCUCUCCACUGCGCCGCCUCCUGCAACAGCGUCCACCUCUGCAAGAUGCUGGUGGAGUCCGGGGCGGCCAUCUUUGCUACCACCAUCAGUGACGUGGAGACGGCGGCGGACAAGUGCGAGGAGAUGGAGGAGGGCUACAGCCAGUGCUCCCAGUUCCUCUACGGUGUGCAGGAGAAGCUGGGCGUGAUGAACAAAGGCUCGGUGUACGCCCUGUGGGACUACGCCGCUCAGCAGGACGACGAGCUGUCCUUCAGCGAGGGCGACACCAUCGCCGUGCUGCGUCGCCAUGACGACACCGAGACCGAGUGGUGGUGGGCGAGGCUGGAUGAGCGCGAGGGAUACGUGCCCAGAAACCUGCUGGGGCUGUAUCCACGGAUCAAGCCCCGGCAGAGAUCUCUGGCAUGAAGAGGAGGAGGAAGAGGAGGAGGAAGAGGAGGAGGAGGAGGAGGAGGAGGAGGAGGAGGAGGAGGAGGAGGAGCAAAGAGGCGGAAGACCCGGUCCAGACGGCUCCAUUCUCAGAAGGAGCAUCUCUUCACCUGCUCGCACCUUGGUCCAGUCCAUCAGCGCUGGGCAGCAUGAGGGCCUUGGAGCGUGGAACCAUGACGGCGUGUCCAACAUCCUGUAAAGAUCAUUAAAGCGGCUUUUGGUUUGGAAGUGACUCUGAUUCCCAGGUUGGAUCAAUGAAAGUGAGGAAGGAGAGAGGAAGUGAGCAGAGAGCAGACCCGUGUGUUUCAGAAGGGAUGGAGGACGUGGUUCCUGCUUCACAGCUAGCGUGGACGGUGGAUUCCCUGCUGAUGAAGGAUCAGGAGGACGGAGGAGACAGGAAGGAAAUCAGAAUGUGAAGAACACGUUCAGGUCCUUAAAGGUUCCCCUAAACUCAACCUAUCUGUUGAAAGUUGGCUUCAAAUGAAUCCAUGAAUCAAAUGUCUUUCUGUGUUCGUUUGGACUCUCCAGCCUCAGAAUAAUUCUGGUUUCACAUUAAACUCCAUCUGCCGGCUAGUUUAAUCUUUAAUUCUCUUAUUUUGUUGCUUUAUUUAAAACUAAACAUUGCUAUUUUAUUAUUAGUGUUGUAUUCACCGUUCAGCAACUUUUUACUCACUGCUGCCAUCUAGUGUACAGUUUUUGCUGCACAGUUGAAGUUGUGUAGAAAAUGAGGCAAAAUGUGUUUGAGGAGCGUGGAACCAUCACACAGCCAGUGUAAAAAUAUAAUAAAACUAUAAUCCAAGAGAAAA